AAAUAUUUAUUACUCAGGAAUUCAUGGGGCCACAAGAGCCACACUGAAAUAAAAAAGGUGUGGCAACAGAGGCCUAAAAAACAUAUUUAGAAUAAAGAAUCUUUCACUUUUUGAGUGAAUUUAGGGUGGCAUUGGGUAACACUUUACAACAAUAACUACAACCAUAACUUACAAAAUGGUUAAGUGACCAUUUAUAAAUGGUAAGCAGAUAGUUUAUUAAUGUUUAAUCAUCAUUUAUAAAUAGCAUAUAGACUAUUAAUACUUUGUACAUUUUACAAUUUUAAAAACCUAACCCUGUUUAAAAUGACCAUCUAAGUAAUGUUUAUAGGUGGUUUAUAAACCACUUAUUAAUCAUUUAUAAAGUAUUACAAACAUCACCUGCAACUCUACAAUAACCAUCUAAGUAAUGUUUAUAGAUGGUUUCAAAACCAAAUAUUUACCAUUUACAAAGUGCUACUGACACACAUUUUAAUCUAGAUGUUUUACAACCAAUAUUUAAACCCUAUAUAAACCUUUAAUAAAUAAUCCAUUAAUAAUUGAUGAAAAGCAUUAAUCAUAAUUUAAUUGCUUGUUAAUGGUAAAGUAACUCUAAACUUACAUUAAUAAACUAUUUGCUAGUUAUAAUUGGUCUGAUUUUUUUUUUAUCUAAAUGAUGAUUAGACAGUAAUAAACUAUUUAUUUACCAUUUAUUAAUUAUGGUUAUUGGCAUGGUUACUCAUACUACGACAAAUUAAAAUCACUUUUGCAUGUAGAUAAAUUUUAAAUCAUUAUUACUCCCCGAUUAUAAUACAGUCACUUCGCAGACAUUCAGACAGACGGGGUCGCAGACAGAUGGAGCUCCUGCAGCAGACAGAGGUGAUGUGAGGAAAUGGACUCAGUGUGAAGGCGACGUACCGCGCACUCUCCAUUGUUAUCAAAUGGGAUCAGGGAGCAUCUUCAAAGCUCCACAGAUAAAGAGCUUCAACAGACUGAAGGGGCUGAUCACCGAUAAACGAGACAAGCAGGCUCAGCUUCUUAUCUGUUCUGUCGUAUAACUUAAACGUCGCUUUGCAGGCAUUGUCCCCGAGCUGCUGCACGCGAAGGUCCCACAGGUCGCGGGGAGUACUGGUACAUCUUCAUUUGUGUGGAGCUCAUAAAUCCUGGUGCGUUGCUGUAAAUCAACGUAUUAGACAAAGGGGACUGGACAGAUACAAAAUCUGACCCCCACCUCAAUAUUGCAGCCGUUCCAUAUGAUAAGAGGACCUUUUCGGUCUUUACCUCUCAAAUAGUUGUUAUUUUCACCCACUCAAUGUGCCCUUUCUGAAAACAAAGACCACUCCUGGGAAAUGUUCUAUUUUUCUCAAAGGGGCUUUGGUCCUUUAUUCAAACAAUCGACGGUUAAUGGUCGAUUUAUUGGCCGAUAUCGGAGCCUUUGGUGUGUGAAGCACCCUAUUGAAGGAUUAGCUGACGUAUCAAUGGGUGGCUUGUUGGUCUUCCUCACAGCUUGUUUUGGUAUAUUAACAUGUGAAGGAGCGACAAUCGGCAGUAAUUGUGUUGCUACUGUGAAGCCUUUGAUGUGAGAUGUUUGGAAGGCUGUGCCAAACGCUGGCGCCAGUGCGCACCAGGGAAUCAAACACAAGUCAACACCCGACCCACCAGCUCUGUGUUUCACUCUAAGUUUAACCACUGUUUGGAAGAAAACGAUAUUAAACCAGGCUGAUCAUUUUAUCUCUCCUUUGACUGAUUAUCGAUCGAUUCAAAUGAGUCUGCCCUAGUCCGUUUAUUGUAUUUUGUUUCAUUUUUAUAUUUAGUUCUUGGUAUUGUCGCCCCUUUUUGCUAUUGUUAGUUUGUGUCAGUUUAAUUUCUUUAAUUUCAGUUUAAUUUUUUGAAAUAAAACUUAACUCUGAACUCUGGAGAAAAACAAGAAUUAUCAGACAAAAAAGAGAGAAAGGGCAAAAAACGUUCAGGUUUUGCUCAGAGUUCAGUCAGACCAUUCUAUGAUACAAAUCAAAUAAUGAAGAAAUCAAGUCAAACUUUUAAUCACAGUUUGAACGAUUAGUCUGAUUAGGGUCCGAUUUUUUUGUACAGUUGAAUGUUUGAGAGAGAAUUCCAGAUUUAAACAUUAAGCACUGAGUUUGAGGGAAAUAAUCUGAAUAAAAUAAGAACAAAAACAGCCUGGUUGUUCUGUAAAAUGAAUUCCUGUAAAUUAAAUAAACGCCUUAUUUCAGGUAGCUUUUUUGGUCACUCCCUGAUGUCUUGUAAAAAAAUAUUGUCUACUUCUUUUUAUGGCUGUAGAAAGUGAAGCAAAUACUUGUCAAUGUAGGAUCUAACUUACUCUAAAUCCAAAUGACCACUUUUUGAGAAGAAAAGUAACUAAAAACUUUUCCAGUCAGACUUACCUACACCUACACUUCCCCACAGGACAGGCCCCAUUAGCUUGUAUACAUACUUUUAACGGAUGAAAAUGAAAUCAAUGGGAAAAAAGGAGCAAUGCAAGUAGAAAAAAUCUGUUAGCGAGGAAAUAAGCUUAAAAAACUAUGCCAAGUGGUUAUGACAAACUAAACUCAUUAAAAUUCAUCAUCAUUUGAAUUCUUAGUCUGCUGUUGGGUUUAAUGUAAGGCAUUUAUAAGGUUUGUGCCUCACGGGUUUUAGUGGUGCAGAGUUAUAAGAAACUUAAAGAUCCUAAAGGGAAAGUCCUCCUGUUUUAUCUUGUCACACCACUAUGCCUAUUCCACACAGUGUAUUAUCAUACAAAAUCCUAGACUGAAUGGUAAUAGAUCUUAUUAGUGAUCCUCAGACGCUGAAAAUCUCAUUAUAAAUCUGAGUCGCGCUAUCUUGGGUGGCACCUUUCCACCUUUCUGAGCUACUGUAUGCAUCAUGAAAGUCUCCAGGAGCUGCAGCUGUGUCUGCAGGCUUUCAGUUUCUGUCGGGGCGGACAAAUGCAUGAGCUCAGGACAGUUCUCACAGACUCAGUGGCGCCAGGUCUUCACACACUCUUACAGGAUAUGUAAAGGCUUCAAUAACGAGCCAUUAACCCCUAAUCAUCUGGAUCGAUCAGGCGUUAACAAGGCCCUUCACAUAUGCAAAUCACACCCUGGGCCAAGGACUCAUAUAGACAGACCCUGCCCGUGUGGGCACAGACACUCUCCUCUAAGAGCAACAGAACACUACACAGCACUGACAGCAUGGUGAAGUACUUCUCUGCAGAGUGGAUGGCCCAGAGCGACCACGACUCCGCGCUUUCCAGGGAAUCCAGGACUGAAGCAGCUCCGAGCAGCAGACCUCACAUCCCCUGCAUGGUGCAGCCUUGCGCACCGACACUUGGAAAGAGCCAGCUACAGCCUAAACCGAAGAUCUUCAGACCCGUCAUGGACCUACCGAGCAGCAGACUCACAGAGACAUGUGAGACGGCCUCACCUCCGCGUCCAGAUGUCUGCGCUUCGCCGAGUAAGUAUAACUACAACUUGAGAAAGUGUAAGAGCUUUGGAUCAAUGUAGGCCAAACGGCUAAAAUGCAACGGCUGUGUCCUAACCGAAAAUGUUUUAUUCCAGUUUCAGAGGCGAGCGGGUACUCCUCAGGUUAUGAGAGUGAAGCGGCCUCCAUCGAGUUUCCCCCGGUGGAGAGGAGCACGGUAGUUGGCAAGCUCAGACCAAGGCAUCAUCUGCGCUCAAAGUUUACUGCCGAGCAGACAAGCGAACUGGAAAAGAUUUUUUCCAAGACCAGAUACCUGGAGGCAGAACUGAGAGAGAAAACUGCGCAGACACUUCACCUCACAGAGACUCAGGUAAGCCAAGGUCCCAGCCUUUAAACAAAUGUUGUGCUAACAAUAAACCAGUACAUAUAAGCCUCGAGUUUGCACAUGUAGUGACCUUAUCUUGUCAUUUUACAGGUGAAGACAUGGUUUCAGAACAGAAGAAUGAAGCUCAAACGGGAGGUCCCGGCGUGCCUCAUCCCAGAACUUCACCGCCGCGCUAUCAGGUCUCCUUACCCAAGCAUGCCAAGAAGGUUUCCCCAGAACCUUGUCACUGGCCCGGCUCUCCACCCCUAUCCUGUCACGCAGCUGGUCCUUCAGCCCCAGAUGGCCCCACAUCGCCUUACACAUCAGGCCCUCCACAGCCAUCGUUUCUACUGAAGCGCUGCAAAACAGAGACUUUGAAACCCGACUUGAACACUUAAAAAAACAGAAGAGUGCAAUUCAGUGUGUAUUUGCUGUGUAAAUUGUGAAGCCUUUAAUCGUUGUAGAUACUUUGCAUGAGAGUUUAUUUUUUUACCAAAUAAAGUUUACCGUCUACUCAAACUUCUGUCCCCGCGUUUGCUUUGAAAGAAACUGCCUUUAUUGAAACAAGCAUUGACCAUUUUAGAGAUAACACUGAUGACUUAUAUCGAUCUUUAUUGCAAGAUUAGUUCAGCAUGAAUACAUCAUCCAGUGUCUUAUUUCAGUGGGGGAGGUUUACUGAAGACUGGGUCAAGAUUGGAGUUGUCCAUUACAUUAAAGGAUCUUAUCAGCACGUAUCUUGUGCGUGGCUCCUGCUUUGGUUUGUUGCGUCGGAAAGAUUGCAAGUCCCAGGGCAGUCACACAAUCUAGACAACCAAAAUGAAAUCAGUGUGGAUAAUACAGCUCAUACCUGAGCCACCAUUGCAACACAGAGAUCUCGUGAGUUAGUGCUGCUGUCCCUGAGCCGCCACAGAGGAGCAUUUGCACUUCAAACGUGAGCUGACGGACAGAUCAUGG